AUGUUGGAGCAGAAUGUCAUUCUUGUGUGCCACACGGUGUCCAUCUGGCUGACGGUGACGCUGGCCGUGUGGCGCUACAUCGCCGUGGCGCACCCGCAGCGCAACCGCGAGUGGUGCGGCCGCGAGACGACGCUGGUGGCCAUCGCCGCCGCCUACGUGCUCAGCCCGCUGCUCUGCGUCACCCACUACCUCGCGCUCACCAUCUCCUCCGGGGAGGCCCCGGUCGACGGCGACGGCAACAGGGUAAACGACUACAACAAGAGCGACCACAACGUGACGUACUACGUGGUGGACCUGAGCAAGCAGGGCGAGACGAUGGUGGACAUCAACUUCUGGACGUACAGCGUGCUCAUCAAGCUGCUGCCCUGCGCCGCGCUCACCGCGCUCUCGCUGCGCCUCGUGUGCGCGCUGCUCGAGGCCAAGCGGCGCAGGGAGACGCUGCAGGGCGCCGCCAAGUCGGGUCCCGGGGCGCGGCGCGGCGCAGACAAGAGCCGGCAGACGGACCGCACGACGCGCAUGCUGCUGGCCGUGCUGCUGCUCUUCCUGGCCACGGAGCUGCCGCAGGGGCUGCUGGGCCUCAUGUCCGGGCUGCGCGGCCGCGACUUCUUCGAGCAGUGCUACUCGCGCCUGGGCGAGCUCAUGGACUUCCUGGCGCUGCUCAACUCGGGCAUCAACUUCAUCCUCUACUGCGCCAUGAGUAGGCAGUUCCGAACGACGUUCCGGGCGAUGUUUCGGCCGCGCUUCCUCGACCGCUGGAUGCCCGUGCCGCAGCGCUCGCAGUCCGACCACAACGGCCACACCAACCACGUGACGCAGGUCACGCAGGUCUAG